AUGGACUCUUCGCAGCAACAGCUGGUAGCAGGCCUGCUUACCUCACUCGUUACUUCGACCAUCGCGCCAUCUGCCACAACUCCGAGCUCAGCCUCCUAUUCGCGCUACGCUCAUUCCGUACCUCCUUCUUCGACCGCGGCCCCUCCGCAUAACCACAAUGGCGACGAAAAUGGCAAAAUGCAUGAGUGGUCGUCCCUGAUUGGGAUUGUCACGGCGUUGAUCGGCAAUGUCUUGAUUUCUGUGGCGCUCAACAUCCAGCGCUACGCGCAUCUUCGAAUCUCUCGUGAAUGGGAAGAAGAUAAAAUCAAGUUGGAGGCUGACUGGCGGCGCACGCAUUCGGGGUCCUCUACGGAAAAUCAAUAUGGGAGUGUCGGAGACGGCGAUCAGAACGGAUCCCGAGGACGGCCGCGCAAUCAAGACCGGCGUAAUGGAGGGCGCGGCUUGGAAGCGUACCGUGAUGAGGACGACACUCCGAGAGACAGACAUGAUACGCAUUCGCGCGGUUCCUUUGCGUCCGAUCGAACUGCUCGCCCCGAAGACGGAGAAGGUCACCAACGCAAGUCCUAUCUCAAGUCUCCAUACUGGUGGGUUGGGAUUGUGCUCAUGUGUCUUGGGGAGAUGGGCAACUUCAUGGCCUACGGAUUUGCGCCGGCUUCUAUUGUGUCUCCUCUUGGCGUUGUGGCUUUGAUCUCAAACUGCGUUAUCGCGCCAUGCCUGCUUAAAGAGCAGUUCCGCUCGCGGGAUUUCUGGGGCGUAUUGGUCGCCAUCGCAGGUGCCGUGGUUGUCGUGCUCAGUGCUAAGGACUCUGAAGAGAAAAUUGGCCCUGAUGAGAUUUGGAUGAUGAUCACUCGCUGGGAGUUCGAGCUCUAUCUAGGAUUGACCAUUUCGCUGAUCGUUGGCCUUAUGUGGGCUAGCUACAAAUAUGGCUCACGCUCAAUCCUUAUUGACGUUGGGCUGGUGGCGCUGUUCGGUGGAUACACGGCUCUUUCUACCAAGGGUGUUUCGUCGCUGCUGUCAUUCACCCUCUGGCAUGUCAUUACUUUCCCUAUUACAUAUCUGCUCGUCUUUGUCCUUGUCUCCAGCGCUUUGAUGCAAAUUCGCUAUAUCAACCGAGCUUUGCAACGUUUCGAUUCGACCCAAGUGAUCCCGACCCAGUUUGUCCUCUUUACUCUCUCCGUCAUCGUCGGUAGUGCAGUCCUCUACCGCGACUUCGAGUCAAUGACGACUGAGCGUGCCGCGAAAUUUGUGGGAGGCUGUUCAUUAACAUUCCUGGGAGUCUACUUCAUCACAAGCGGCAGGAUUCGUUCCGAUGACGAGUCUACCUUUUCUACCGAAGACGAAGAAGAGGCCAUUGGCUUGCUUCACGGCGAGCGAUAUCAUGACCGGCUUGAUCUAUCUCCUCCGGGCAAUCAGAUCGGCUUGUCUAAAGCGCUUCAUUCCACUCCUGGUGUAGAGUUUGAUGUUGGUCAAUCACCCUCAGGGUCACUCGUGAGCCGUGGGAUCGACGACGUCGAUGAGAGCCAGCUCACCCCUCGGGGAGUCCUAUCCGCAGCAGAAUCCUCUCCUGCGGGCUCAUUGGCCGCCGUUUCAACUCUUUCGGGCCCCUCGCUCGAUCACAUGUCGCCUCUUCGCCCUCCUUCUCGCAUGUCUAACCCCUGGGCAGACCCGGAUCAAAAUGUAUCGACUCCCAAAUCUGAUACGGAGAUCUACCGCGCUGCCACCCCUUCACCUCGGGCUGGUGAUUCGACCCAGGAGUCCACCGUACUUCUUCGCUUCCCUUCCGCACCAGGGGUAGUAGAGUCAACUUCUGGUGAUAUGCAUGCAACUGUUCGACGUGCCUCAACCCCUGCCGUCGGAGAUGAACCCCAUGUUCUUCUCGAAACACCCACCAGACGCGUUUUGCGCAACUCCCUCUCUCACCGCUUCUCCCCCGGUCCUCUCCUCCCUACUCUCUCGGGCGGUUUCAGUGCCGUGGUUGCGGAAUCUCUCCGCCGCGGCGAAGGCAGUCCUUUGAAAGACCGCAGCAGGCGGAAACUCGGCCGCCGGAGACAACUGGACGGCGCAUUUGACCGGGGAACGGGUCGUUCCCAAGAGGGGGAUCUCGGUCAUGUGGGCGCCGAUGGCGAUGGCCAUGAUUCUGCGUUGACAAUUGCCAAUGCUCGACUUCAGUCCGCUACAAACCUGGUCGGGCCAUCCGUCGAAGUCGGUCGUUCCACUCCUGCCCUUGCUAGCGAACUCUACACAACGCAGUCCCGCAAGACUGAUGAAGAAGUCACACGGCUCCGCAGCUUCAGUGACUCCUGGAGCGAUGGUCUCGCCUGGCUGGGCGGUGCACUCAAAAAGAGCAAUACAAACGUCGACAGUGGCGCGGUAACGCAAGGCACCGUAACUCCGCAGGUCGGCGAGGAGCCAUCGGCACAGGGUGAGGACGAUCAGCACAACAGUGCUAAUGCCGAGUUCGAAACUCGGACAUAA